CAAGACUGCUAAACUUGAAGUCAGUGCAGUGAAAUCAAGAUAUUUUACUUUAUUUAUGUUUCCUUCCAGAACUAAAUGUCACUUGGCAACACAAAGCGUGGGAUAGAUGAAACCACCGAUGGCCUUGAGAAAAAGAUUAGCAGCAUGUUGUCGGCCACUUCAGAGGGGAGAUCACUUAAAAUACCCUCUUCUUCUCAGACCGGUGGUAAAGACAUUCCACGUUCAGGACCUAAGGUUAAGAAAAAGACCCACCCUCCUGAAGUGACUUUACCUCCCCUGUGCACAAAGACACCUUCUCUCUCAGCAGCCUUUGUGAGUAGGCCCCUGUUCAGCCGAACACCCCUUCUCCAAAAUGUCCCCUCUGAAAGAUCUGUAUCAGUGGUGGAGCCUCCUCAUCAUGUUGUCGGACCUAGGAGAGCCAUGGAGGACACAAAAUCGAAAGUGCCUCAGUGGAUGGCCUCACAGACUGAUAUCUCACAACUAAGAUGUCCUGCUGAGUUAUUCUCACUGAGUCUCACGGAGGAAGAUGAAUUAACAAAAGUUACAGCACGUAAGGAUAAGAAUAAAAGGGCUGUAAAAGCAAAUAAAUAUCCACUCACUGGAAAAGAAGUCAUUCAAAUCUUUGCCCAGAGAGGACACCAGGCAGAAUUGAAGAUUUAUUACCUAAAAGAAGCAAAUGGAAACUCUUACAGACCUUAUGAUCUGCAAGUGGUCCAGUCCGAUGAAGCUGGCUCAGAGUAUUACGUCUUCUCCCCCAAUUCUGUGGUACAUGUGACAGAGAGGGGUUAUGGUGGACUCGUCAGUCUGGCUGAGUGGCACAGAGAGUCUGUGUUGUGGACAGAUUUGCAGGGAAUCCCAUUUUUCAGAGACUUCAGGCUGCUGAAAAUUUUCACCUGGUGGAAUAGAAAUGUGCGCAAGAUAGUUUUUCAGCGCAGGUGCAAGGCCCUGCAGGACAUGCUGCUUGUAGCUGUACCUCAGUUCAGAAGUUCUCUUCAUCUGUUCGCCAAACUGAUGGAGGAUCUGAACGAGACACACUGGCUGCCCCAAGAGGAAUCGCACACCUACACAGUGAUUGAAUUCAAGAACGUUCUGAUGACCAGGAAUCAAGAGUGUCUGCACAUUCUGCAGACGCUAUCACAGUGUCGCUCUGCCAUCCUUAAUGCGGUGAAAGAGUACUGCUUUAAGUCGCACCAGGAGCUGCAGUCACACAUGCAAUAUGCUAAAAAGCCAAAUAUAUGCUACAAACCCAUUUACCUCCACCUGGCUCACCAGCAGGAUCUGGAUAAGGAGUUUGCUCGUUCUGAAACUGUCCUGCAGAGAUUGGGGAACUUUGGUUCCCUCGUCAAUCGAAUGAUUGUGCAGAGUCUCGUCACAGUCAUCCGUCAAGAUGUCGUCUCUUUUCUCAGCAAUUUUCUGAAGAGAAAGAAAUCUCAGCUGUGUAGUCUUUUCAGCACCGAGCUGUGUUUCAGUGCGAGCAGUCAGCUGACUGUGGAGCCACCGGUACAUCUCUUUCAGGAAGCAGUGAGUGAAGCACUUCUGACUGUUGGCAACUCCGUUAUUCAGAUGUGCGACACUAGUGGAUUCUUCUUGGAAAUCAGCAACAGCCUUGAUAUCGACGACAGCUCGGUCACUGAUCAGCCUUUAACUUCUGACCUCUGUUGCAUUGAACAUCAUACUGUCACAGCAGACAAUGAGAACACUGAUGAAAUGACAUGUCGUAGAAAGUUGUGCUGCUGGCAACUUCUCAGAGACCUGCCAGCUCACUCGCUGUCAAACCAAACCAUGCAGAUGGUGCAGGGCAACACGGUGCGCGGCUGCUUCUAUCCUCUCUCUAAGACACAGCUGCAGUGGCAGAUCAGUGUCAGUGACUUUUCAAAAGACGUUGAGAGAGAGAUGACCAAGAUCAUGAAGGAAGCUUUCUUAGAAAUCCAGCAGCUGUGUGAGAGCAACAAAUUGUUGGCAGACAGUCAUUCGUUCAUUAGUCAAUGUAGCCGAGCCUCUUUGGAAUCCAUGAGGGGUCAGCCUGCUCUACAGUAUGAGGAGCAUAUUAAGAAGAUCCGCGACUGGGCUCAACAAAUCAACACAUUUCCCUCAUCAAUCUCUACCUCCAACCAAGUGUUCAUAAUCCACUGCACCCACAUAAAGGAAACUCUAGGGCGACAGCUGAGGCGCAUUGAGGAGGAGGUGUUCGAGCACCUAGUUGAGCAGAUAAAGCUGCAGUCAGAGAGCCUUGUAUCAGACCUGGAGAAGACCACAGCCAGAGUCAAGACAAAACCAAAAGACUUACCUGACUUCUCCAAAUAUUCUCUCAUGGUGACGGAGUCUUGGAGAACGAUGUCAGACACACAGAAACAGCUUGAGUACAUUCACUCCCUCCAGGACACCAUUGGCAGGAACUACAGAGCGAUGACUGAGCAGGAGCUGACUUUGGAAGAAAAGAUGCUGGGCCUGUGGGACGGCCUUACACCCCUCUUGAAGGAGGCAGACAAAACUGUACGCCAGUUUGUUCCUACAGUGGUGAAUGCAUCAGACACAAUGGUCCAAUUUUUGGUCUCUGACCUCAGAAAUACGGUCUCUCAAGCUUCAAGCGGACCCUUCCUUGACCCAACCCAGAAUGUCAAAGAGAUGGUUUCCAGACUGAACAAUAUGUGCACUCAUGUGCACAAUCUAAAUGCAAAACUGGAGCAACUUAACAGGAACAGUCAAAACUUACGAGAACAUACAACAGAUUUUACCUGUUUGACCUCGGAUAUUCAGAAAAUCACAGCCUGUAAAGACUUGUGGGAGCUGGUAGCUGCAUACACAACAUGGACAGAAGAAUGGAAACAGCUGAAUCUCAGUGAGGUUGUGGUGUUACAAGCCCAGGAGAGAAUUGCCGGGUGGAAGGAGCAGGCUCUGUCUCUAACAAGCAUCAUACCUACCCAUGAUGCAGUGCUGCAGGGGACCUUAGGAAAUCUGGACAGUUUAAGUCGUCAGCUUUCAGUUUUUGCCAAACUACAGAGCCCCAUUUUCAGACAUAAACACUGGAGAGCUAUUUUUGAAGGCAUGGGCCGACUCUAUGUCCCAGAGAAGAAGGUCACUGUCGCUGACCUGAUGUCUGAAAAGCUUGAAGUUCACCAGAACCUAAUUAGCAAGAUAUGCAGUGAUGCACAAGCAGAAAACAACAUGGAGGAAACCUUCCACAAGCUUCAGCAGGGAUGGAAAGCCAAACUCUUUCAGCUGGACACAUUCACUCACACUGUUUGGCAGCAUUGUGAGCAACAACAUGGAUUAACGGAGGAAAAGAAACCCACUGUGGGAAUUAUUUCAAAGCUCCAAAUUGCCAGUCGACACUCCUGUGAUAAUGCAAGAUUCAUCCGUAUUGGUCUUGAGAAGCACUUUGCUGAGAUAGAGAAUGAUUUGAUGGCUCUGUCUAUCAUGUUGAAGUCUCCAUACAGUUUUGACUUCAGGCAGCAGAUUGAAGAGUGGAAACAAUCACUGCAAGAUCUCGAGAACCUGCUCGGUUUAUUUGAAAGAUACCAGCAGACAUGGACCUUCCUGAUGUUGAAUGAAACAUUCCUCAGUGUUCAAAGAGUGGAUCUGCUGGAGAAGUUCAAACAGGUUGAUGAGACAUUCAAGGAAAUGAUGCGGAGUAUAUCAGCCAACCCUUAUGUGAUGAACUUCGUACAUUCCACAAGAACAAAUGGGAAGUUUCAUGGUAAUAGUCUUCGCCAGAUACUCAUCGAUGGUCUGUCUACAAUGGAAUCGAUUUCCAACCAGAUGGUGGAUCUCCUGGAUUCCUUCCGUGAACAGUUUGCAAGACUCUGGUUCUUGAGCAACAGGGAAGUAAUACAACUACUCUCCUCUCACCCAGUGCCUUUCACGCUGCAACCCUUUGUACGCAAAUGCUUUAAAGCGAUCCACACGCUUGAAGUGGAUAGGGAAAUUCCACGUUAUACGAGAGAUGGCCAGACCGAUGGAAGCCACAGACAGAUGAAGGUGCUGGGGGUUUUCGCCAGCCUCCAGGAGCACAUAACCUUUCUGUCUCCUUUAGAGUCAAAUCCUCAUGCCUUGGAUUGGUUUAGUCAGUUUGAGAAACAAUUAGAAUUGACCAUGAUGCAGCUUGUAAAACAAUGUUAUGUUGCUCAAAACCAGCUUCAACGAUCCAGUCAAGAUUUGGCACGUAACAAGAAGGACGUCUUGCUUCAGAUUGCGAAUGGCAGAAAAAAUAUUCAAUCCGUGCUGGAUCUGCUUACUGAAUACCCUCUCCAGUGUUUGCUGGUGGCUGAGGAAGCAGUAUGGUCCAAUGUUGUUCUCCGAGCUCUCCAAGAAUCAGGCCCAGAGAAGCUGAACAACAUAAAGGCCUUCAACUCUGAAAAACUGAAAAACCUUAGCCGUUGUAUAAGAGACAGAGGCACAGGGGCAGAAAGUGAACCUCUGGUUUCUAGAUACACGAUGGUGUGUCUGAGCGCUUUAGUGCAACUUACAAUGAAUCAUGCACAGCAGCUGAAUCAACUCAUGGAGGUGCAGUGUGAACCGGGGUCAUCUUUCGAGUGGCUUACCAUGAUGAAGUAUCAUAUAAAGUCAGAAGAUCAGAGUUUGAAAUGCAUUGAUGAUCCAGCGUGUUACAUUGACGUUUUGGGCCAUCACCUCCAAUAUGGCUAUGAGUAUUUUGGUCCAGAAGACUUGGUGAUGGUGCAUACUCCUUCUACAGAUCGGGCAAUGCUGGGGAUUCUCCUUUCUCUGACCAGCUACAGUUGUGGGUUCAUGACUGGACCUUGCAUGUCUGGAAAGAAAAAUACCAUGGUCCAGUUAGGAAAAGCACUGGGGCGACAGGUUGUCACUGUACAGUGUUAUCCAAGCAUGAGAUUUGAUGUUGUCCAGCAGAUGCUGUUUGGUGCCCUCCAGACUGGAGCAUGGCUUCUGUUUGACUCUGUGGACUUACUAACACAAGGGGUCCUAUCGUCACUGGGACAGCAUCUAUUAGACAUCCACCAGUCUUUCAGUGGGUUCACAGGAAAUGGGAAUCUAAAGGACAAGACUGCUGAUGAGGUCAUAGGAUGUACAAGUACUGAUCCAGAGUGUCGAAUGAUACUCGCAGGGAAAGGCAUUUCUGCGAACCUCAACUAUGGAUGUGUUCUCAUCUCUUCAAGGGGGUACACAUCCGAGCUUCCAGAGAGACUGCGAUUUGCAAUGAGACCAGUCGCAUUGACCCGUCCAAGUUACAGGAUCAUUGCAGAAGUGAUGCUGACUUCCAGUGGUUUCUCAGAGGCCAUGUCUUUGAGUCAACGUCUGGUGUCUCUCAUCAAUCUGGCUAAGGAUUCUCGCUGUCUGCUUGAUUCCAUCACAGAUGAACAGAACUGCUUUGUUGUUGUCUUGCAAAGGAUCAUCUCUGCCUCUGAAAUGCAUUUAAAACAAAGUGUGAUGCAACAGAAGAUUUCAGAUGAGGCUAAAAGAGAGGCUGCAGAAAAAACUGACCUUGUCUCUUCUCAAAAUGUGUUGGCCAGAGAUCCUGAGGUGGAAAGCAAAGAAUUUGAAAAACAAAAUUUGCCCAGAUCUCAUUUGUGUAUUAUACAGGGCUUAAUGGAAGAAAGAGCCCUUGUCAAAGGGAUUAUUUCUGUCUUAUUACCGGCUGUUUAUGGCCACAAGAAAGCCUUGCAGUUCUACACCAUUUUCAAGGAUGAAUUCCCCACAGCAUGGGAGUUUCCUCUUUUCCAACAAUAUUUUGAAGAAGAAGAAAACAACCAACUUAAAGAAGCAAUCAGAGAAGAAUUACAAAGGAAGCAGUUGCAUCCUGACACAGAAACCAUUUGCAGCGCUCUAACACUCUACCAAAAAAUGGAAUUGUCUCAGGCAGUACUGCUCAUAGGCCCCUCAGGCAGUGGAAAAACAACCUGUCACUGCGCUCUGGCUGGAGCGCUCAGUAGUCUGGCUGCCAAGGCAAAGGAAAAUGUGUUUGAAAAUGACAAUGUGAUUAGAGGAGACCCCCCACAGGCAGAUCCACAGAUCUGGCAGUCAGUUGAUACUGUGGUUUUAUUUCCUAAUGCCAUGUCCCAUGAUGAGCUGUUUGGCUGCUUCUGUGAAAAGAGAAGCUGGCAAGAUGGAGCUAUUCCAAAAGUGGUGAGAGAUUCAGGACGAUGGGAACACACAAGUUCUAAAUUGUGCAACAGUAAGAGGAAUAGUGGUCAGACUCCAAUAGUGAAAUGGAUGGUAAUGGAUGGCGAGCCUGUUGGACAGCCCGGCUGGUUCGAUUACUUAACCACUCUGUGCAACCCCAAGGACCCUUAUCUCUUCCUCUCAUCAGGGGAAAAACUUGUGCCAUUCCGAUCAUCUGUAAAGCUACUUAUGGAGAUCACAGACCUAAGUGAUGCAAGCCCCUCUGCAGUGACCCGCUGUAGCCUCAUUCAUUUCACAGGAAGUGAUCUGUGGAAGGCUGUGUGGAAGAAUGAAAUGGAUGUUCUCCACUCUGAAUACAAACUAGACCAGGGAACCUUGAAAAUGUGGAAUCGUCUAGCUGAAGAUCUUUUCUCCAGCACUCUUAGUUCACUUAGGCAGAUGGCUUUAACCUCUGCAGUCCAAAGUGAAGGUCAAUCUUCCAAAAGCUCCACCUAUGGACUGCAAGAAAUCACCUCAUUUGUUCGGAUCUUAUCCGCCCUCCUACAACAUUUUGGGAAGCAAGUAGAAAAAGCCGAGGCAACACCACUUGGAGACAAAGCAGACAUCGAUGUCCAAAGCAAACAGAAGAAGUUCACCAGAAACCUUUUUCUGUUGGCUUAUAUUUGGGGAUUUGGUGGACAUCUGCGUCCUCGGCACUGGCCACAGUUUGACUUGCAAGUUCGCCAAGUGCUGUUUUCUUGCCGGUACAAAAUUAUUGUUCCUGACGAUGAGAGUGUGUUUGAACACUUUUUUAACCAUGAGAGUAAGAUGUCCACCAAGAAAACACUGUUGACAAAUUCCAUCACUCCCAAGUUUGGGAGCUACACCUAUCUACUGAAGCUCAUGUUGGAGGCAAAUCAGCCAGUGCUGCUCACAGGGGAUCCCGGCUCUGGAAAAACCAGUCUGUCUCAAUCUUUGCUAUGUUUUGAUAAGCCAAACAUCAGCCUAACAGCCAGUCCACUCCUGAGCUCCAGAGACCUGCGCACUAUACUGAGUAACAUCAGCUGUCUGAAGCACAAAGGUGCUGUGGGUUCUGCGACCAAAGAGCCAAGACUGCUUCUGUUUGUGGACGAUUUGCACGAAGCCCCUUGUGAUGUCUUUGGGAAGACAUCGACUGCUCUAGAAUCACUACGACAGAGUAUUUCAAAGGGAGAGAUUGUAACAUUUGAUACCUACCACUUCAAGUCAUUGUGUUCAGGACUCAUCAGUUACAUGGCUACCUGUUGUGCCUCUGGAUUGGGCAAUUACCACAGUAAUGUGAUAUCCUCCCGGCUCUCACGCCUGUUCUCCAUCUUUGUACUCCCGAGCCCAUCUACAGACAUCAUAUUGUCCGUCCAUUCUCCAAGGCUACAAGCUUGGCUCAAAGGAAUGCCACUUCAACAGAGUUGUGAGGAUAUGGCAUGUGGUAUCAUCACUGCAACUCAAACUCUAUAUCAUGCUAUAUGUGACCAAUUCCAGCCGAGUGAACAGAGGCCCUAUUUCAUGUUCUCCCAUCAUGACCUGCAGAGGGUGUUUCAGGGAAUGUACUUGUGGCAGCCAAACUUCCAAAACACACGGACAAUUCAGAAAAAGGUCGUUGCACGACCUGGGUUUCCUCCAGACCUGCCAGAGGCAUCAGUACUAAAAGUAGCACUCAUGCAUCUCUGGAUGCAUGAGUGCAUGAGGACUUUUCAUGAUAGAUGCUCUGAGGAGGAAGGCAAAACUCUUGUGUCACUUAUAGCAAAGGUUGCAACAACACAGUUUGGCAUUAGAUUGGAUGGUGAACCCCUCUCUGAUGGUACACAUGUCCCACCCACUGUCACAAGCCAUAGACAAAACCUAACAACUCACCUUCAGCAGCUCCAGAUUCUUCACCAUAUGGAGGGCACUGUGGCUGGGCUUGUUUAUGGUCCAGAGCUUUCUGAGACCUUCCAUUCAACUGAUCGACAACACGGUUCUAAAUGUGUCUUUGGUUACAAGGAGCAAGACCUUGAUUCACUACUGCAGCAGCUGCCUGCUCUCAUCGACAGAAAUGGAGAUGACAAAGGACCUGACGUUGCUAAUAACAAGAUUACAUCCAGAUACGUUGUGCACAGACAGAGAGUGGGUCAACUGUUACAUAUACUCAGAGCACUGCUCACACCUGGAGGUAAUGGAGUGCUGAUUGGCUCAGACAGAGGAACAGGACGUAAAACUACUGUACGUUUGGCCGCUGAUCUUACAGGCUACCGGUUGAUGGAGGUACAUUCAGGCAAUAAGAACAAGUUGCACGAAAUCCUAAAAGUGGCUGGGAAUCAAACGAGAGUGGACGGAGUCCAUGUUAUCAUACUGGUCCAUGAGGAAGUCGGCCAGUCUGUUAGAGAAGAACUGUUGCUGGCAAUGAAGCGCAGAACCUUCCAUGGGCUCUACACAGAGGAGAAGCUGAAGAACCUGGUUUCCAGUGUGAUGGACGUGAGAAAGUCAAGACAAACUCUCAUGCACAGUUGGAUGUUUGAUAAGUACUUGAGCCAAGUCCACAAAAAUAUCCAUGUGUUCCUUCUGAUGUCCUCCACCAGCGAUGGAACCCACGUUAGGAAUAGACAAGUGACCAAGGCCCUGAGUCUGAGCUGCUGCGUCGAAGUGUACCAGCCGUGGUCCAGACAGACUCUGGUCGGAGUUGCUGCUCAAUUUCUCAAAACCAGUCCCCACAAAAUGGAGACAGAUGGCUCAGUGGCCAGCCUGUCAGUGGCUAUGGCAGGAAUCCAUCGAUCUGCAUGUCAGUAUGCCUCUGUCCUUCUCAAAGCUCAGCCUUUUAACCCUCUGACCUUUAUGGAGUUCAUCACCCACUUUGGUUACCUCUACAUCCACCUGCGCAAACAGCGGCAGCGACGAGCCAACAGAGUCACCCCUGUUUUGUCUCAUGUGGAUGUAUUGAACGGAACAACUCUGCGGAACAAACUACACUUGGAGAAACUGAGGAUCAAGGUUGCUGAGAUCCAGCAGCACGAGAACUUUCUCAUCAGAGCUGUCGAUAACCAGAAAACCCGUCUAGAGGAAGCUCAGAUGAAAUGUACGGAAGUGGAGAACAAGCAGCAAGACGUGGAAGAACAGAUUAAGGAAGCUCAUAAGCAGUUGAAACCUGUGUUCCUGUCAUGCCUCAAAAUUCUUGAAUGCCUGGAUUUUUCUGACCUGGAGGAGGUGCGUCACUACAGAGAGCCCCCUGAUGGAGUGGUGAUAGUCAUGGAUGCUAUUUGUUUGCUGUUCAACCAUCCGCUAGGCUGGGAUAGUGCUAAACAGCUUCUUAGACGACCAAACUUUUUUCAUGAGCUGGAAUUCUUUGACCAGUUCAUCCUGACGCAUGAACAACUGCGGCAGCUCCGCCAGAUAGUCAACAGUCCUGAGUUUGUGCCAGAGGCUGUGCGAGAGGUGAGCCAGGCCUGUGAGUCCCUGUGUCGAUGGGUCCAGGCUGUAUAUGAAUACUUCUGUAUGCGAUACCAACUGUUGAUCAAGCGGCAGUUGGAGGCGCUGGACAGAGAGGUGCGAGGUCAACUGCACCAGGCCAAGCAGCACAAAGAGGACGCAUGCGUUGGUCUGGAGGAUUUGAUGCUUCAGCUUCAGUCUACACAAAAGGACCUAGAAGAGCUACUGACGAAGCUGCAUGAAGCUGAGAGAAUAGAAAGAGAAUUUACCGUAACUGCUGAGCAGUUGGAGGAACAUGUCAGAGACUGGAGAGCUGCUGCUGAGGAGGCAGAGUUACAAAAUCAAAACCUACCAGGAGAUGCCCUCAUCCUGGCUGCAAUCAUGGCUUAUUCAGGCCCCUUUCCUCCUGAUGUACGCACAGAGCUACUAACCAAGUGGAGAAAGCUAUGUCAGACAGGAAGCAUCAACAUAAACCCAGAGGACCCCAGAACAUCCCUGUUUACACAGUCAGACCCUGCAUCUCUUACUCCACAUCUCGGUUUUCCCAUCCAUGUUUUUGAGAGGCCGCAGCUUCCUCUGGGUCGGGCCUUAGGUCUGAGCGACUUGCGGCUCCAGAACUCGCUAUCUUCCAGACUUGUGGUCCAGUUGCUGCUGUGGGGCUACAGAAUUUCCCUGGGUCAGCGCUGGCCUCUACUGGCAGACAUCCAGCAACAUCAAGAGAGAAGCUCCAAGAGCUGGUGCCUCACAGGUGACGAUAUCGAUUGUGGGAUGGUGAUUUGUGCCGAUGACCCAGAGCUGCUGGAGAAACUGGACCAGGCUGCUGAGAAGGGUUGGAGAGUUCUGGUAUCUCACGUGGAACACGCAAACCCCAGUUCCCAGUUCCUGGCUCGAUUGGCACCCCCUGCUGGAUGUUGCCCUCCAGGGAUGAAGCAGCGUGUUCAACCGACCCACCGUGAAUUUCGCCUUUGUCUCAGCACUCGUCUGCCCGUCCGACUGCUCAGCAGCGGGAUCCAUCCAUCCAUCUUGGCCCAAGUCCACGUCGUCGACCUCUCCCUGAGCUCAGAAGAGAUCGAGGAGCUGAUGCUGACGCAGCUGCUGCAAUCUGAGUGUAAAGAGCUGCUGAUUCAACACCGACGGUUCCAGAAUGACAAGCAGCUGCUGCAGGAGAAACUAGUCAGAGAAGAGGAUGCUCUGAUGAACUGCGUCCUGCAGUCGAACAACUUGACGCCGCCGGACUCUGAUUUUCACGUGAACGCGGCUGUCAUUCAAGAGGCGAUGAAGAAACUGCAGACCGAGAUCCAGCAGCUGAGCGAGGAGCUGGAGCACCACGAGGCUCUGGUUGCCACCCCCCGACAGCUGCUGAGGCUGGCCGCCGCCCUCUACCAGUCCCUGCAGGAGGUGUCCCGUCUUUCCCCUGGCUACUUCUUCUCCCUACGCCGCUUCAUCGCAGUUAUACAAGACGUCUUCCUCGAGAAGGACAGGCCAUUAGUGUCGUUUGCCGUUGGAAAAGUGCCAAGGGGCAUAGAGCCAGAGAUUAGGAACAAGAUGGUUUCCCAGCUGCUGCUCCAGUACAGGCCUCUUCUUUUCAAGAGUCACUUCACUGUUCUGAAGCUGCUGGUGUCUGUAGCUCUGCUGCAACACCAUCAGCUGUGCUCUGAGGGUGAGAGGGGGGCUUUCCUCAGGGGCCUUCAAGACAUUGAACAUCAACCCUGUCCCCCGUCUCAGACUGCGUCACAGUCCACCUCCUCUCUGCCCGGCUGGAUACCCCCUCAUACACACCCGGAGCUCCUCUGCCUGGAGAGUAUCCCAGCCUUCAGAGGGCUGCUUUCCUCACUUUCCACUUACCCCACACAGUGGCAGGAAUACCUACGCUUCCCAAACUCUGUUGUGGCGAGCGCCGUUCCCUGUCACUCACACUCCCACCUGUCCCUGGUUCAGCGGGCUCUCCUCUGGAAAACCUUGAACCCAAACCGCCUCGAGGGACUAGCUGACAUGAUAUCUGCCUCCCAGCUCUGCCUGCCCGUUCGGACUGUGACGUCUGAGACCCCUCACACCGGGAACCCAGGGUCUCUCUCACGAUACCUUCUCAAACAUGAAGGACCCAUCAUUCUUACCUUGCCAAGUCCAGGAGGAGAAAACAGGACAAGUAUCCGGCCUCUUCGAUUAAUAAACACAUUGGCAGACUGUGUCAGAGAAACAGGGGCUAAACAAGAGGUAAAAGUAAUUUCUUUAGGGGCUCUGUGUGACGGAGAGAUCAUCCUCUCAGCGCUGGAGAAAGCAGUCGAUGACGGCCACUGGUUGGUUCUGAUCGACUGUCAUCUGUUGGAGCGAUGGGAUGAUAAAGUAACGGUUCGCCUCAGUCAGUUGAUCUCGUCUUUCAAAGGAGAGCGAUGCCCCACUCACCCGUGCUUCCGGUUGUGGUUUAUAACUCAAGAGUGUUCAUCACGCCACAUACCAGCGACAGUGCGAAUGUGUUGCCUGCCUCUGGUCUGCGACUCUCCCUGGGAUCUGAAGGAGGAGCUGAGCUGCUCCCUGCAGCAGGUUGUUUCCAUCACACAGAGUCAAUCACUGUCGGGUUUAACGGCAGACAACAAGGAGUUCCUCCUCCGCUGUGCCAUCUUCCACUCCAUCUUACUGCAGAGACAGACCUGUAAAUACUUAGGCCAGGGGAGAAUAUACAACUGGGAUCAGGGCGACCUCCUGGCUCUGGUGAAUGCUCACAACUGCAUCAGCAGUCUCUGUCCAGACAAGACUAAAGCGUUGCAGUAUAUAGCAGGCAACCUGGUGCACGGCGGCCAUGUGUUCGACUCUGCAGAUUUGGAGGUGGUGGAAAACAUUGGCAAGGCCUGCCUCAGCAAAGUGUCUCCCCUCUGGGGCAGUGGGCAACACAUCCUCUCAGACAUCAUCAGCAACCCUGGCCAGUUCGAUCUGCCAGGACUACUGCAGAUAUUGGAGCAUCAUCUUCGGGAUUCAGCGAAGAUCAAUGACCCCGUCGUGCUGGGCUUUAAUGAGGAUGUGGCUGCCGAGAUAAUCAAGAUCAACAGCCACAAUUUGAACAUUCUGCUGCAGGCCUCCCAGAAUCCUCUGGGGUCAGCGAGGACUUCACGUCGCACCUUCACGGUGCCAGCCUACAGCCACGCCAGAGACAGACUGCUGGCUCUGAAGAGUUACCUCACUAACAGGAGUGACAGCGGAGUUAAAAAUGCAGAAGCUGUUUCUCACAGUUCCCUGAGUGACUUCCUCCAGGCGGAGUGGGGUGAGCUCAUUGAUACGGUGUCCUCGCUCCUGUCACAGCUGCAACAGCCCGUUCAUCACGGCUGGUCGACCUUCACUUCCCUCCCCGACUUGUCUCGCUUGGAGAGGAGGGCAGAGCUGCUCAGUGCUUAUGUCGGGCACAACAACACCUCAGAUCCACCCGGUGCAUACCGACUGGCUGCUUUCAGAAAUGCAAGAGGAUUUCUCGUGGCACUAAUGAGGAAGGUGGCUCGAGAAAAUCUCAGAUAUAUCAGUGAUAUAGAACUUCAUUUUCAGGUUCUGAGUGACGGCAAGUACCCAGCCUCAUCUCCUGUGGAUGCUGUGUAUCUCUGUGGCCUGGAGCUCAGAGGGGCAUCGUGGGACACACAGCUGGGAGCGCUGCAGUGCACAGACUCUCAGCAGCCAUGCUCAAUGCCCCUUGUUUGCCUCAAUGCUCAAGUCAGGAGCACAAACCUCGCCCAAGACACCCUCCCUCGUAACGUUCGAGUCUCUGAGGCUCCCUCGUCGACCGCCCCUCAGUUACCAGUCCACCACUGCCCCCUCUAUCUAGAUGAAGAGCGAAAGCUGGGAGACUCGGGUCUGGCAGACGCUCACAUUAUAACUAAGGUUCCCCUUCAUGCCAGGUUAAAUCCAGUGUUGUGUAGUUUGAGACGAGUGAGGCUUGUGAGUCUGCUCUGAAAAAAAUCAUCCUGCUCUC